AUGAAGAUUAGCUUGAUUCCUCUAAAUCCUUCGCUAUAUUUAAUUAAAUAUAAUCCAAAUUGUAUUUUAUAUACACUAAUUUAGGUUCAAAAUACUAAUACAAUGUAGAAAUAGAGGGAGUUGUUUUUGAUGUAUUGGCUCCUUGUGAUUUGUUGAAAGAAAUACCAUUAGAAACUAUAGAAAUGGAAGAAUGA